AUGGUAACCAUAAAUGGGAAAGUAAUCCCAUUAAUGCACUCGAUAUGUGCUACGUCAGCUUUCCUAGCGGCCUUUGUGACUGGUUAUACCUUACACUUUCAUAAGAUUGUCACCAACGCUCAUUAUACGUAUCCAGAUGAAUGGUUUCCCAGCGUUUCAGCAACAAUCGGUGAUAGGUACCCUGAAAGGUCCAUUUUUCAAAUUUUAAUCGCUUUAACCGCUUUCCCUAGAUUUCUUCUAUUACUUGGUCACUAUUAUCUAAAUGGGUCCAUCACCACCUUUAUUAUUGGGCUCUUAAGAACUGUUUCCUGCGGUGGAUGGGUAUACAUCACAAGCACUGAUGAUCACGACACUCACGAUAUAUUUAUGAUCGUGUAUAUUAUCUUAACAUUACCUUGGGACAUAAUGAUAACUCGCCUAUCGGUCAAUUCUAGGAGAACCAAAGGUUCGGUUGCAAUUACUUUCUUCUUUACUUUAGUUCCCAUGAUUUAUUGGUAUAUUCAACAUCAAGUCGAAAAGGUACCUGGCGCAUAUUCAAUUUACGCUUAUUUUGAAUGGUCCCUCAUUAUCAUGGAUAUUGCAUUUGAUGGAUUUGCAUAUUCUGAUUUUUCCAUGUUUAAUAUGAUAUUAAGUCUAGAUGCUGAUUCUAGUAAGACCAAAUCUUUUUUCGAACUAGAAAAGAAGACAUAUGCUUCAUCUAAGGAUAUCGAACAAGAAAAAGUACAUAUAAAACUUGAAGAAGAUGACCAUAAAAUUGAAGAAACAAUUUCACAAGUUGAAAAUGAUGUUAAUAAAAGCAUACACCCAUUUGCAUAUGAUUCGGUUACAUAUAUAAUUGUUAACACUUUCAAUGCUUUCAUUUUCUGGUCAAAUUUGACAGCCUUAACAUGCAGUAUUUGGCAUUUCCCCCUAUGGUACAUGGGAAUUUCUGGGUAUGAAGCUGCUAUUUUAGGCUAUUUGGGACCAAUCAUUCUAUAUGUUCCAUUCAUGCCGAUUAUUAUUUACCAUUAUGGGGUCCUUUUGGGUGGAUUGAUUGGCGUUGGGGCUUGUUUAGUUGAAACUCCGGAAGCAAGAUUGAUAACUGUUGCCAUUGGUACUGCAAUUACGAUGGCUACUUUUGCGCAAAAUUUGAAAAAUAACUCCAAUCUCCAUGCUAGAUCAUCAUUCACCAUCACUUGGUCAUUGGGUUUAGUACUAUCAGUUAUCAUAAAAAUGGGUUUUUACUCAAAUAAUCCAAUCUGGCCAAUUUUUAACGAAAGUAACGGCGGUUAUAAUAUUCAUGCGAUGAUUUUGAUUAUUAUUUCAGGAAUGUUGACCCCAUUUACUAAUAAAAUACAUAAUUCCACGGCAGCAUCACAACCUAAGAAUCAAUCAGUAUGUUUUAGUUCAAAGCUUCUGAUUUCCGUCGGAUUUGGUGCUCUAUUAUUUGGUAUUCAUCAAUUGAUGACAGAUGCAUCCACUAUAAUAUAUUGGUCAUGGGAAGGCUACAAGGAAAGCGGGCAAGGUCCUUUGCAAUGGCCAUGGAGUGCACUAACUUGUGUUGUUAUGUUAACUGCUGUAAUCAGCUCUUUGAAAUUUAGAAGCAAUCCAUAUAUUCCUUCAUGUUUGUUGGUGGUCUCAACGGCCGUACUAUAUAAUAGACAUAUCACUGAAUGGACUAAAUUUAUUUUCGGUGGUCUAGGUUAUGUUUGUGCAAUGAUUUGGUUAAUCCCUGUAUUUUUCAAUGCUUUGAGCAUAAUCAAUAGCAUUUGGGUUUUUGUUCUUUCAUUUGGCGUUUAUAUCAUCUUUGUUUUGGCACACGUCUGGGUUGUUGCCUAUGCAUUUGUCCCAAUGGGUUGGUUGUUAAGAGAACGUAUCGAAGUCGUUCUUGCAACUUCAUCAUUCCUUGUCCUUUUAGGAGCUACUACAAGCAAACGUGCUUUAACGGAAGUUGAGACUCCAGUUAUCAGAGACUCACUGGUGUUCAGUAGAAAGUUUUUCAGAAUUGUCAGCUUCUUAUUCGUUUCGCUACUGGCAUUAACGUCUACCUUUACUUAUCAAAUUAAACCAACAGCUGUUCCACAGCCAUAUCACCCUGAUUCUCAUUUGAUUACCGCAGGUAUUUGGACAAUUCAUUUCGGUUUAGAUAAUGAUAUGUGGGCUUCUGAAGACCGUAUGUCUAGUUUGAUUAGAGACAUGGAACUUGAUGUGGUUGGUUUAUUGGAAACAGAUACGCAACGUAUUACCAUGGGUAACAGGGAUUUAACAAAUAAGAUGGCACAUGACUUGAACAUGUAUGCUGAUUUUGGACCAGGUCCAAAUAAACAUACCUGGGGAUGUGUCUUGUUAUCUAAAUUUCCAAUUGUAAAUUCAACGCACCAUUUGUUACCUUCUCCUGCAGGGGAGUUAGCACCAGCUAUUCAUGCUGUAUUGAAGACAUAUGACGACAUUCUAGUUGAUGUUUUCGUUUUCCAUAGUGGUCAAGAGGAAGAUGUGGAAGACAGAAGAUUACAAAGUCUAGGGAUGGCAGAAUUAAUGGGAUCAACUGACCGACCAGCCAUUCUGUUGAGUUAUUUAGUUACUGACCCGUUAGAGGGUAACUACAAUACUUAUGUUAGCAAAAAAUCUGGAAUGCAUGAUAUCGAUCCAACUGAUGACGAUAGAUGGUGUGAAUAUAUUCUAUACAAGGAUCUAAGAAGAACAGGGUACGCCAGAGUUGCAAGAGGUACCAUUACUGAUACUGAAUUGCAAGUGGGUAAAUUUCAGGUUUUGAAUAAAGACAAACUUGGUAAGUAUGGUUCUUCGAUCUACAGAUAUGAACAUGUUGAUGAUCCUCAAGCAGAGGAUAUGAAAUUCCCAGAUAAGUUUAAUGGUGAGGGAGAAAGGGGGCAUUUCUACCAUGUUUUCGACAGACCUCGUUAUUAUGAUUUUUAA